AUGUCCAAAACACCUGGCUGGAAGAUCCGCGCCAUUACAAGAGACCCAGACGGCGGGAAGGGCAAGGUGCUGGCUGCGCAAGGCUUCGAGGUUGUUCGGGCCGACUUUGACGACGAGGAGUCGCUGGUCAAGGCUUUCGAGGGCGCUCAUGCCGUCUUCGCUGUGAGCAACUGGUGGGAGCACCUGUUCCGGGGCAAAAGCGCCGACGAGUGCGGACCCCUGGAGGAGGAGCAGGGAAUAAACCUGGCCCGCGCCGCUGCGCGCACGUCUUCGCUGGAGCACUGCAUUUGGUCCAGCGAGCCGAGCGCGGCCCGAGUCUACCCCGCCGGCGUCGGAGUGGUGAAAGCUCCGCACAUGGACUUCAAGAACAAGGUCAACGAACGGAUCAAGUCCGAGCUGCCGCUCCUGGCUGCACGUACCACAUUCUUGUGGCUAGGGUACUACCCACAGAACAUGGCCUUCUUCCCUUGUCUCAUCCUCACCUUCCAUCCUGCACUUGGCAAGUAUGUCCAAACGGUAGCCAGCGCACCCGACGCCAAAGUGCUGCUCGCCAGCGACGUGACUGUAAACACGGGCAUUUGGGUACGGCAGGUCCUCGCAGCUGGACAUCGCGCCCAACGUAGCCGCAUCGCGAACGUCGUUCUCGAGCGCUGGACCUUCCAGCAAAUGAUGGACGAAUGGAGCCUCAUUACUGGCAAGCCUGGUGUGUAUGUGCAGUGCACGGCUGAGGCGUAUGAGCGGCUGUGGGGACCCGUGGGCGCGGAGCUGGCACUUCAGUUUAAGCUGGGGGAGCUGUGCGACCCCUGGGCCGAAACCACGGGCGAGUUCCUAACAGCGGAAGAGCUCAGGAUUAACGACAAGGAAGUUGUUGGCUUUGCAGGCACGAUUAAAAAGUUCCAUGCUAUGGGAAUUUGGAAUAAAGCGAAGUAAAAGUUGGUAUUUUAUUUAAAGCUGUAGCGUUUGCACAUUGUAUUAUUACAUAAAUACAAAAUCGUUGUUCAUCCCUUUUAAAGCUCUCC